ACCUCUGAGCGGGCUAACAACGAAGGUUCACAGAACCGCGCCGGUCCUAGUAGCAGUCUUCCACGUCAUCGACCAGUGGGGCCGACUUUUUCCUCAUCGAAACAACAAUCAAGUAGCCUCCUCCAAAACGCUACUUCAGGCGAAAAAGAAAAGAUUGGAAAGGACAGGAAGGAUCAGAAGGGUCGUUUCAAGAAAGCUUCAACUCCCCCUCCUCUCAUUCCGCCUGCUGUUCCUGGGAAAAGGUACCUUCCCGGCGACAUCCGAUACAAACAAGCUAUGGGGGCUUCGGAACUGAGUGCAUCUUCGUCAAAACCAUCUAAAGAACAACCCAGCUCGUCAAAAGUGUUGUCGAAGUCUGACUUGUAUCCGAAGCAUGUUGAGGACAGACCAGGCAGCAGAAAAACAGAAUUGGAUCGCAGUCGUAGCUUAGUGAAACGAGAGUCUAAUUGUGAUUUCUCGAGAUCACGAAGCCAUGUUCCCCGUAAGCAGCAUGAUGCUCAACCGCGUGAACGAAAGCAGGAACGUGAUCGUGAACACCGUGACCGAAUUAGUGACAGAGAAAAGUGUCACAGUUACAAUCGAACAUAUGACUAUGACGUCACUGACGAAGACGACUACGAUAGCGAGAUGGAUGAUUUCAUAGAUGACAGUGGCUUAGAUAUGGAGGAAUUAAGUCGACAAGAGUUCGAGGAAACGCUUAAGUGA